CUCUCUGGCCUGCCGUCACUGUGGGCUUUUCGUUCUCCAUCAGUUGAAUGCCAACAAUAAUGAUCAGCGCACAUGCUGUAAGAUGCAGCGAGCAUGUGUCCACCUGGCCAGCUGCAUGCAAGUGUAUGUCACUGAAGGGGAGGAGGAUACCUUAACCGGACUCUUCAGUGUGAGGCUGAAAUAGAACCAGUGCUCCCCUCUCUCUAUCCUUCCCCCCCACCUCUCUCUUUUUCCUCCACUCUCUGUCUCCUUCUCGGUGGCUGGCCAAGCUCCUCUCCUCUGUGUCCUGCUCUCCACCUGGCCUCCAUGAGUUUAAUUGAGGACAAGCCAUUCGUCCCUGGAAGAUGGGAAAUGCUUCAGACACGUCUGCUGUGUUUACCUCCACCAUCUCCAAGGAGCAUGACAUCUUCAUGGGUUCAGUCUACAGCUUAUUCUGUGUACUGUCCAUCAUAGGCAACUCCACACUGCUACUUGUUGCUUAUCACAAGCGGUCAACCUUGAAACCAGCAGAGUUCUUCAUCAUCAAUCUCUCCAUCAGUGACCUUGGGAUGACACUCACUUUACUUCCACUGGCCAUACCAUCGGCGUUUUCACACAGGUGGCUGUUUGGAGAAAUCAUCUGCCAGGUGUAUGCUAUGUGUGGAGUGCUGUUUGGUCUCUGCAGCUUGACAAACCUCACAGUGCUUUCCUUAGUGUGCUGCCUUAAAGUCUGUGUCCCCAACCACGGUAACAACUUCUCCUCGUCACAUGCCCACCUCCUGGUGGCUGGAGUUUGGUGUUACGCGUCUGUGUUUGCUCUGGGGCCACUGGCACACUGGGGACAUUACAGUCUUGAGCCUUAUGGGACAGCGUGCUGCAUUGACUGGCAUGCACCCAACUAUGAGCUUUCAGCUUUGUCUUAUAUUAUCUGCCUUUUCUUCUUUUGCUAUGUAGUCCCCUGCACUAUUAUCUUCCUCUCCUACACUUUCAUUCUGCUGACCGUGCGGGGCUCACGUCAGGCCGUCCAGCAGCAUGUGUCACCACAGGCCAAGAGCACCAAUGCACACGCUCUCAUUGUCAAGCUGUCUGUAGCAGUGUGCAUAGGCUUCCUGGCUGCUUGGUCUCCAUAUGCUGUCGUGGCCAUGUGGGCUGCUUUUGGGGAUGCCACGCAAGUUCCUCCUGCUGCUUUUGCCCUUGCUGCAGUGUUUGCCAAGUCUUCUACCAUCUACAACCCUAUGGUCUACCUCCUGUGUAAGCCCAACUUUCGCGAGUGUUUAUACAGAGACACUUCGAUGUUACGACAGAUGAUCUACAGGGGCAGUCCGCAGUCCGAGCCGAAAGAACGAUUCGGAUCCACAUCACAGCGCAACAAGGACAUGAGCGUCUCCACGCGCUUUUCAAAUGGACAGCAGGAGAGCUACGGGGCGUGUCUGCACUGCACUGACAAUGCAGCUCUGUGUCAUGUGACACCCCAAAGGACUGCCUGCAUCCUGACUGGAUCCACCUACACAGAGGUGACAGUCGGCCAACUCUCAGCCAAACCACAGGCCGAGUUCCUCUAGUGGAACAGCCUGAUUCUUUCAUAAAGCAAACAAAGGACGACACGUGAUCAAAAAGACAAAGAGGUUACUGAACAAUAAAGUCUCAAUGAGACUUCACCACCUUUGCAAGGACCUUUCAUGUCAUCCUUUCUGAGUGACUCUUUCAUUGUGAAAUGAAAACAUGAUACAAAAACUUCUCGGAAGAUUUGCCACAAAAAAGUAUACUUGCAAUGUCUUGACGUCUACUUCUGUGUCAGCUUGUUUCCUGUUUCAUUUAAAUGUGCAGUAAUUUAACAGGAUUCCAAGAGAGCAGAAAAUGAGACAGCAGAACCCCCUCCAGCUUAAAGGUUAAUUAGGAAAAUGUGUACCUCAGUGUGCAUCAUGAGGAUAAACUAUGUUUAAUAUUCCACCAGCGCCAACUGAGUAUAU